GUCAGUACUCGGUAGUCAGUAGUCAAAAUCAAAACUAAAAUUAUACUAAUCAAAGUCGAGUUAAGUCCAGGUUUAGAUUUAGCUUUGAUGGAAAAAUUUGGUAUUUAACCAUUCUUUAAAACUGUUCAUUAUAAGCCUAGUCUAAUGAAUGAGCCACGUUUAUAUGGCUACGACGGGGGUGGCCAGGAGCCGCCGACGCCAGCCGGGUCUUCACCCGCGGCGCCGUACAAAUUUUCGCCGGAUGAGUUGCGAGUCCUGAAAGAGUGUAACAACGAAAGUUUCAUUCAACGGUCACUGCCAUUAGGUACUUUACUUGGUUUGGGCGCUUUCUUCGGCGUACAAAAUGGUCACUUUAAGCCGAACCCGCGGUUUGGUGCAUUCCCGAAAGUGACACUGGCAGUGAUCAUGGGCUACUUUUUGGGCAAAAUGUCGUAUCAACAAGCUUGCGCUGAGAAGCUCAUGGCUCUUCCAGGCAGUUACAUCGGACAACUCCUCCGGGAAAGGAAAGAGGGGAAGUUUGACGGCGUGUCCCGCCAGCAGGCGCCGAGCACGAUGUUCGGCGCGUCGCCGGGCGACAUCUACUCGGACGCCGGGCCCGGCAGCUCACUAGACCUGGAUACGGACCGCCCACUCUUCACCGAAGAUGUCUUUGUGCCCAACUCUGAUCUCAGUGUGAACCCGUCGCAGCCUGAGGCGGCGCCGCGUUCGGUGCUGUCGUACGACGAGCUGCGCCGGCGCAACCGCGGCGAGUACAACGACACGCGCCAAGAACCCUACAAACUGGAGCCCAGCACGGCGCCGGUGGUGACGCGCGCGCCGGCCGCCCGCCCCGCCGCCCCCGCCGCGCCCGCCGCCACCAACAAGUACGGCGACGCGAUGGAGUGACGCACUCCGGCGCAAUCGCUCUCAUGUUAGCUGCUUAAGAACAAUGUUUCCCGCUAUAUUUCAUUUUGAACUUGUUUUACUGUUGAAAUAAAGUAUUUUACUAGUU